AACCGACAACACUCCACCGAAUUAUACUUCUAUAUAAGAAAAAACCGCAGCCCUUUAAAUGUCGUCUGCAUGUUGACUUCUCGAGCACACUUCGUAGGGUAUCUCUGAAGUGUAACCCAUCUUUCCUGAAUAUACUUGUGGUACCGUGUGUGUUUUAUGGUGGCAUCCCCCACUUCUGAGAUUGAUUUGUUUUCACUCCGGGAAUCCUCGUCGUUCUAAUGUUGGCCACGAUGGGCAGCACGCCCGGUUACACGGGGGGAGACCAGCACUCCUCUACGGUGUGCAUCCAGUCGUUCUCGUACGGUGAUUCACCCCCGGACUAUCACUGCUUCGCUGAGGAGGCCUCGCCUGGGAUUUACCGGCCGAACUCUCGGGAGAAUUUGGAUCCCCAUCGUGAUAUGGGGAUGGAGGAGAGGGGGGUAGGGGCGACUGGAUUUGUGAAUGGGAAGUUCAAUCAGAACGGGGACGAUAACGGCACCGGGCACUAUCCACACAUCUUGGCGCCUGGCCACGACCAUAACCAUCACGUUGGUGAGCGACAGUGUUUGAUAUGGGCAUGUAAAGCUUGCAAGAGGAAAACGAACAUUUUUGAUAAGAGACGAGCCGCCACGGACCGCGAGAGGCGACGCCUGACCAAAGUCAACGCUGCCUUCGAGGUCCUGAAGAGGAGGACGUGUACCAACCCGGAGCAACGAAUGCCCAAGGUGACCAUCCUCCGUAGUGCCAUCCAAUAUAUAGAGCGAUUGCAGAUGAUGCUGCACGAGGCUGAAUCUUCCCCGUUGAUUCACCACGGACCACCGGGGCGAGGCAGUGAUGGAACGGUCCUACCCUCGGUAGAGUCCAGGCUUAAUUCGCACGGUGACUUCAAUGGCUCCUCCUGUUCGUUUCGAUUGAUGAAAGUCAACUCAGAUGACGUUUGUGAUGGCAGUGAAGACACAUCGAAAGAUUCUGAUGGUCGUGUCUCCAGUCUUGAUCAUUUGUCACUCAUUGUGGAGAGUAUUACUCCGACUAACUAUGGACCCAAGUACGCUCUAUCUACCGCCCCCAACGACCGAGAUAGGGAAUCGACAUCGGACGUGGAACUUGAAUCGCCGUGAUUGGUUGGACCAUGAUUGAUUUGACAUUGUUGAAAACGUUGUAAAAACUUUGAGAUGGGUCAUCCAUUUCUCCAUGGGUCAUCACCACAAUGUGGUGGCAGUAUUCACCAAUGAGGAGAGACCUUAUCAAUUGCAAGAUGCGCUUUAUCUAUUGACCCAGGUCCAAAAGAAGACAUACCAAGACACCACACGGGGUAUAGGUUUGGACACGUUGUUACCAGAAGAGUCAAGGAGGAAUUAUCUUCACCCAUGGAAGAACGAAGUGUCACAAUCAUGCAUGUACAUGUACAUGUUUGCAGCCUCCCUAAAUUUGUAUUGAAAUUAAUUAAUAGCAUAACAAGCACGGUGAAUGAAGCGCCCUCUAGACUGUGCCGUGAUAUAAGUCGUGUAAAACGUUUCAAACUUUAUUCACUGACAGAGUUAAUGCUCUCGCUCGAUCCCGUUGGUCGUCAUGGUCUGAAGCAGGAGAUAGGUGUAGAAAUAAUGUCGUCUGAUAGGGCCCUCUUUCGACUCAACUUCCUUCAUGUUAGUUUACCAUGUGUAGACUAUGACACCUGUUUGGCAGGAUAUUCUGUGAACACUCCCCCCCCCCCCAUACGGCAAAUUGCGUACAAUAUCUCGUCCGAUAGCGCCCCCUCUUUAGACUUUCUGCACGUGUUAAUUUACCGUAUGGCGGACACACACACACCCGAGGCAAAACAUCCCUGUUGAGACCACCAGCACCAGCAUGGGAGGCUAUGUCCGACUUGGUGGAUGUGGCUGAUGGUAAGGGCUUGCUAUACUGAUCAAGCCACAGCCGCUUAUUCUGAAACGGCCACAACCCUAACGUGGUGAUCAAGCCACAGCCGCUUAUUCUGAAACGGCCAUAAUCUGAGAGUGGCGCCCUCUAGUGAUUUUACUAUUAUUGUUAUCGCCAUUGGUAUCAAAUUGUUUUCUCGAAAAAAUGUUUGCUAUUAUUAAUAUUUAUGUUUCUGCAAAAAUCGGAUGUUUUAUAAAAUAUUUUGUAAUAUUAUGCGGUGUUUGUAAUUCAUCACUUUUGUCUAUUGCUGUAACAAUAAAGUAUGAAUGUUAUCUGUUGCGAAUUAUUGAGGCUAUAAUUCUAAUUUUUACUGGUGGAUUUCAGUUGCUGUUCUGCGUU